GCGAAAGUUCAGACCUGUAAAUACAGUCUUGUAAAUACUUUGUCAGUUUUCACUGCGUAUUUCCGUCAUGAUCAAAUUAUUUUCGCUAAAGCAACAAAAGAAGGACGGUGUUGAUCCAUCAGAUAGAUCUGGAAGUCAUAAAAAGUCUUCAGCUGCACAGCUUAGAAUACAAAAAGAUAUAAAUGAAUUGAAUUUGCCGAAAACAUGCCAAGUAGAUUUCCCAGACCCAGAUGAUCUUCUUAACUUCAAACUUGUGAUAAGUCCAGAUGAGGGUUUCUACAGAGGAGGAAGAUUUGUAUUUAACUUCAAAGUAGGUCAAGGAUAUCCACAUGAUGCCCCAAAGGUGAAAUGUGAGACAAUGGUAUACCAUCCCAACAUAGAUUUGGAAGGAAAUGUUUGCCUCAAUAUUUUAAGGGAAGACUGGAAACCAGUGUUGACAGUAAACUCAAUAGUGUAUGGAUUACAGUAUUUAUUUCUGGAACCUAAUCCAGAAGAUCCUUUGAAUAAAGAAGCAGCUGAGGUUCUUCAAAACAAUAGACGAUUAUUUGAACAAAAUGUUGCUAAAUCUAUGCGUGGUGGAUAUAUAGGAUCUGUGUACUUUGACCGAUGUUUAAAGUGAACUCAUUUAUUUCCUUGCUUAAUGAUUGAUAUUUUCUGAACAGUCUUGAUUGAAAGUAACGCAUUAUCACAGAUGAAUGGAAAAACAUUUGACUUGGAGUAUCUGACAGAUAUAUGUAGCUGUGUUUCGUAUUGUAGAAAGGCAUUGCACUUUUUUCUGCUGGGAGAAAAUUAUAGCCAGUUUUAUAAGCCAAUUCCAUGUUUCAAACAGAAAACAAAUCUCCUAAACUUGGUUGGACCUUCCACACAUUUGCUCAGGUAGUUACCCAUUGACUGCUCUUAGGGGGCUUCUAGAGCUUAAAAUGGAAAACAAAACAUGAUUUUAAAGCAUGUAAGUCAGUUUGAAAUAAAUGUAACAGGAUCAUAUAAGCAUCAUCAUUUAAAGAUAUUUAUAAACUGUUGUUAAGAAUUAAAACAGUACAACCUGGCUUAGCAGCAAUAUUAAUCUUUUUAUCAUACUAGAAGCCUAAUUGUAUGAUCUUCAUGAAACCUGACCAAAAUGUUUGUUUUUCAUGCAAUCUAUGUGAGGCUUUAAUUCGACAUUGGAGGUGAAAAUCUACCUCACUGGAUCAAAUCUUAGAAAAUCAUUUUUAUCAUGCAUUUAAUUAAUUGUUUCCAUGAAACUUGAUUAAAAUGAUUAUCUUUAAGUGGAUCUACAAAAACUUGAUAUCACAAGGUUAAAUUAUAGAAAACUUGGCUUCAAGCUCUAUAGGCCGCAAUGCUCUACAAAACACAUGAUCUGAUUAACACUCCAGGUCUACAUGAUCUGCUUGAAACAUGCUCAGAAUUUUAGCUCAUCUGAACAUGGUUGAGGGUGAGUGAUUAGUAUAGGUGGAUGACCCUGUGUCCAUCAUCAUGCUUCAGUUGUCUAUUGAUUUCAGCAUGAUGAGUUGACCUCACUUGGUAGCUUGUAUUUUGUCAAAAUUAUGCCCCAUUGCAUGUAAGAUCACUAGAAUCAAGGUCAAUGUCACUCUUAACAGAAAUAGAAAAAGACAGUUUCCACUCAAUAAAUUUGGUUUGCGUUGAUGUAUUGAAAUUAAACAUGGCCUAAAGUAGCUUAUAGAAAGGCCAAGGGUGGGAUUGUGUAUGAGGUCACUUGGAUCAAGUUCAGGAUCAGCAUAACUUAAUACAUCUGCAUACAUAGAAAAUUCCACCGUGGUGCAGUGGUCUGGAGGGUUUGUCUAUUUUACAUUUUGUAAUGUUGAACAGAUGUGUGCAGGUUCUGUUUUUAGGAGGUCAUUCGAUUUUACUUAAAUCGUAUAAAUCCAUUGAGAUAUUAGGUGGGUAAAAGGGGGCUAUGUAUAAUCUUCUCCUCUUCUGACUUUUUAAAAAAAUAUUUCUUCAGAAUUAAAACAAAAGAAGACUGUUUUGUCAAUUUUUAGUCUGAAUGUAUCAUCUCUAUUUAGUAAUUUCCAAACAGGUGUGUGUUCUCGUUCAGAGAUGGCCAGUUAUAAUGUGCUGUGUCAGCUGAACAAAACUGUUUGGGAGGCUUUGUUUGUUUGUUUGUUUUGGGUUUAACGCCAUUUUUCAACAGUAUUUCAGUCAUGUAACGGCAGGCAGUUAACCUAACUAGUUUUCCUGGAUUCUGUACCAGUACAUACCUGUUCUCCGCAAGUAACUGCCAACUUCCCCACAUGAAUCAGUGGUGGAGGACUAAUGAUUUCAGACACAAUGUCGUUUAUCAAAUAGUCACGGAGAACAUAUGCCCCGCCCGAGGAUCGAACUCACGACCCCGCGAUCCGUAGACCAAUGCUCUACCUACUGAGCUAAGCGGGUGGGCAGUUACUUGUUGCAAUUGUUCACAAGAAACUUGUGCUGGCAUGAUUUUAAACAGAUUCAAUAGCAUUGAUUCAAUAGCAUUACCAGUAAAAGUGAUAAAUUAUAUUGUUUAAAACAAUAUGCAAAAUUGUGAUUUUCAUACCACCUGUCAAACUUACCUAAGAUAAAUUUGGAUAUGGGGACCUCAGUGGCCCAGUGGUUAAGUUUGCCGACUUCAAAUCACUUACCCCUCACUGAUGUGGGUUCAAGUCUCAUUUGUGGUAUAGAGUUCUUCAUGUUAAGACGCCAUACAGCUGGCUUACAGAAUGUCAGUGGUUCUACCCAGGUGCCCACCCAAGAUGAAAUAAUGCAAGGAGGGGCAUGUGGGGUCUUCUUCCAACACCAUAAGCUGGAAAGUCGCCAUAUGACCUUUAAUAGUUAAGGUGUGAUGUAAAACGCAACAAAAACAAAACAAAACAAAUUCAAAUAUGUGAAUCCACAGCGAUGAGAAGGUGGGAAACUUUGUUUAUCAAAUUGUAUUUCUUUUUCAGAAACAUUUAAUAAUUGUACUAUAUAUUUAAUUUAAAACCCUGAAGCUGACAGAAUUCAAGAUUUUAUUACAUGACUUGCAACUUGUACUACAAGAUAAUUGUAAAUAAAAAUUUACUGACAUA